GCAUCUUCCUCGCGGCGGACAUCUUGUCGGCUCUUAAGUGGAACCAUCGGAGCAAAAGCUUGGGGUGGCUGGGCAGUUCCGAGGUGACGGAAGCGGGAGGGUGCGGGAAGAGUCAUUGUUCCUCCUGCAGAGUGGCUCGCCAGCGAAGACCCUGCUUCCACCCCCGGGGACGAACGACCACGGUGCCAGGGUCCCGCGACCUGGGACCCGCCUCGCGGCUCUGUGAGGUCUAUGAACUAUGAUGGCGGCGGCCGCGGUGUUGAGCCGGGCGCAGUGCCAGCAAGAGGAGAGGGCUGUAGAGCAUAUGUAGCCUGGCCUGCACUGGAGACCAAGAUCCUUUGUGGUUGCUGAAUUGUAACAAGAGAGAAAACCCUGGGUGCCUGAGAGGGCAUGACUUUAGUCACAGCAGGAGGGGCUUGGACAGGCCCUGGUUGUUGGCAUGGAGUGAAGGAUGAAGAGUCAUCUUCUGAACAGAGCAUUUCUAUAGCAGUGUCACAUGUUAAUACUUCCAAGGCAGGUUUGCCCACACAGACAGCUUACUCUUGUGACAUAUGUGCCCCCAUCUUGAAAGAUAUUUUGUGCCUGGAUGAACACCAGGGUACACACCAUGGACUGAAACUUCACACAUGUGGGGCAUGCGGGAGACAAUUCUGGUUCAGGGCAAACCUUCAUCAACACCAGAAGUGUUACAGUAUAGAGAAACCCUUAAGAAGGGAUGAAGGUGAGGCCUCAAUUGUGAAGAACUGCACAGUUAGCAAAGAACCUCACCCAUCAGAGAAACCCUUUACAUGUAAGGAGGAGCAGAAAAACUUCCAGGCUACUUUGGGUGGCUGCCAACAAAAGGCCAUCCGCAGUAAGAGGAAGAUACACAGGAGCACUGAGAGUGGGGAUGCAUUUCAUGGUGAACAAAUGCAUUACAAGUGCAGUGAGUGUGGGAAAGCUUUCAGCCGCAAAGACACACUUGUCCAGCACCAGAGAAUUCAUAGUGGAGAGAAGCCUUACGAGUGCAGCGAGUGUGGGAAGGCCUUCAGCCGCAAAGCUACACUUGUCCAGCAUCAGAGAAUUCAUACUGGAGAAAGGCCUUAUGAAUGCAGCGAAUGUGGAAAAACCUUCAGUCGAAAAGAUAACCUUACUCAGCACAAGAGAAUCCACACUGGAGAAAUGCCUUAUAAGUGCAAUGAAUGUGGGAAAUAUUUUAGCCAUCACUCCAAUCUAAUUGUACACCAGAGAGUUCACAAUGGAGCAAGGCCUUAUAAGUGCAGUGAUUGUGGGAAAGUAUUCAGACACAAAUCUACACUUGUUCAGCAUGAGAGUAUUCACACUGGAGAAAAUCCUUAUGAUUGCAGUGAUUGUGGGAAAUCCUUUGGCCACAAAUACACCCUCAUUAAACAUCAGAGAAUUCACACUGAGUCAAAGCCUUUUGAGUGCAUUGAAUGCGGGAAAUUCUUUAGUCGAAGUUCUGACUUUAUUGCACACCAGAGGGUUCACACUGGUGAAAGGCCUUUUGUGUGCAGUAAAUGUGGGAAAGACUUUAUCAGAACGUCCCACCUUGUUCGACACCAAAGAGUUCACACUGGAGAAAGGCCCUAUGAGUGCAGUGAAUGUGGGAAGGCCUACAGCUUAAGCUCCCACCUCAAUCGGCACCAGAAAGUUCACACUGCAGGCAGGCUUUAGGAGUGCUUUGAAUACAACAGGACUCAUCAAUCAGAUGUUGAAUUUCAUAUAUCUGAACAUUGAUACCAAGGAGAUUCCUUAUGGUGCCAGGUAUGUAGGAAGCUUCGAGGGAUAUGUUGCACUUUCUGACUUGCUCAGGUUUUUUGCCAGAGUUUUGUCGCUGUCAAUGCCUGUGGCCAAAACCAUCUUAACUCUACCAGCUUAGAUACCCCAGCAUUGGGGAACGCAGGGUUUUGUAUUCUCCAGUCCCUGGAGAAAAUCAUGAGAUGCCUGAGUUCAUUGGGGGUCCUCAUUCCAUUCUGUAUGACAGAUACAGGUAUGGACAUGACCCAUCUUUAGCCACGAGGGUCUGCGCUGUAUCUGCUGGUGUCUUAUACAGAAGGUCUACUUUCUUCGUGGAUAUUCUUGGUCUCACAUACUUGUAAUGAGUUUUUUCAGCCUCCAAGUCACCUGGCCUGGGAAAGUACUUGCCUCGUGUUGCUCUGGUUUGUGAUAAUAAAGGCUUUACAGUUUAAGCCACUUUUAAUCUUGGGGGUUCUUCUUACUGUCUGGAGUGGAUUGAAAACAGACUCUGCCAAACUGAAGACAGCCUUUGUGGGGCACCUCCAACUUUGCCUCAGAUGGGACAGUGGGUUGAGGGAGAACAGUUCUUAGUUCAGUUUUGAUGUUAACUUCCAUAGCUGACAAAGCUUGUUAAGUAAGAAUUCAGAUCUUGUGUAGACCUGAUUUGUCUGGAUUAUUUGAGAGCCCAUAUUUCACCUUGAGGAGGGUGCCGCUGCUGUGACAGCCUGCAGUGUUUUGAAACAGCAUGGACUGAGUGUCUUGUUUCCAGCAUAUGUCCCAUGUUCCCCAACACUGUUGAGGGAAAGCUUUUCCUCAGGACCUGCCGAGUGGCCAUAUUCCCUGAAGGCCUGAAUCUGGUACACAGGCCACUGUUGGUAAGAUCUAAAACAUCCAGUAGGGAAACAAAAUUGAUAAAUAUUGGGUGUGGAUAAUUGGGAUUGGGGAGAUUGCGGCGAACUAGAGGGGAAGUACCCAUUGUAAAAACACAUCCACAGACAGUCCAGGCACUGAGGCUGAAUGGGAUCAGGUAUCCAGAAAUCUCAGGAUCUCCAGGGCCGUGUUACUCUUAGGUCAAGAUCACUGGUGCAGCAAUGAAUGUAGUUUUCCUAGAUUCCUCUGCCUCCCUGGGCUCUUUACCUAAUGUCUUUGCUGCACAGGCAGUAACCCUCGAAGUAAAGAGGUGUGGUGGUCCAAAGAAGUAGCUUUUGUGACCAGCUGGAGUGUCUGGUGACUCUGUUGGCAAUGGUCCUCAUUGUUUGCCAGUUUUUCUUACUACUGAGGAAGAGAUUGUCUUCCCAAGGUAUUUGGAGUGAUAAGAGUCACCAUAGUGAUGUAGAGUCACUCUUAAUGAUGUCCAGUUGUCCAGUUUCCAGUAGAAGUGGGAGACCCAGAUUUUUUAAAGGGAUAACUUUUUAUGGGUUCACUGAGGUGUAAUCAACAUGCAAUAUAUUUCAGAUAUUUAAAGUGUACCAGUAAGUCUUGAUACACACACACACUCUUGAAACUAUCACCCUAUCAGUGGUGUUGGACAGAUCUGUCACCCCCAAAGUUAACCUCAGGCCCUUAACCUUUAUCUCAGUGCUCUCCUUCCCCCAAAAUCUCUAGGCAACCAUUGAGUAGUUUUCACUAUAGGUAAAUUUGUCUUUUCUAGAAUUUUAUGUAAGUCUGUCUAUAAAGUGUUAAUUUUGUUUGUUGUCUUCAUGCAACAGAAUUUGAAAUUUGUCCAUGGUAUGGAUGAAUAGCCCAUUUUAAAAUUACUGAGUCAUAUUCUGUAUGGAUAUACCACAGUUUAUCCAUUUAUCUUGAUUGGUGUCUGCACUCCACACCCCAUUUUUAAAUACUAAAAAGCUGCUGCAAAUAUU